AUGGCGCAACCACAGAUCAAGCAAGACCUGAAUCGAUCAGGAUGGGAGACCACCGACUUUCCCUCCGUCUGCGAGGACUGCCUGCCCGACAAUCCAUAUGUCCAGAUGCUGAAGGAAGACUAUGGCGCAGAAUGCAAGAUUUGCAGCAGACCAUACACAGUAUUCAAGUGGAAAGCCGACAGGACUGCCAGAAGUAAACGGACAAUGAUAUGCCUUACAUGCGCUAGACUGAAGAACUGCUGCCAGUCAUGCAUGCUCGAUCUGUCCUUUGGUCUGCCCAUCACCGUGAGAGAUGCCGCGCUCAAGAUGGUCGCACCUGGUCCACAGUCCGAGAUCAACCGAGAAUACUACGCUCAAGAGCACGAAAAGGAACUAGAAGAGGGCAGAGGCGCCGUCGAGGCCUACGAGAAGACCGACGAGAAAGCACGAGACUUACUACGGCGACUGGCCAACAGCGAACCAUACUACAAGAAACAAAGACGAUUAGAAGCCGCCGGAGAGACAGAACAACCCACAUCCUCAUCUUCGGAACCCAGGAAACCCGGCUACGGUCCCGGUCCGGGUCCAGUGAGAACACCCGACUCCAGAAAAGCCGCCGGCAAACCGCUUGGCUCACGCCCACCACCACGAGCCACACCCGGCGCCCGCCCUCCUCAGCCAUCAGACUGGCUUCCACCACAAGACCCGAACAUUACAUCUCUCUUCGUUACCGGCGUCGAAGACGACCUACCUGAGCACGCCAUCCGCACCUUCUUCACACCCUUCGGCCAGAUACGAUCCAUCGUCUGCUCACAUCGCUCACACUGCGCAUUCAUCAACUACGCCACGCGGGAAGCGGCUGAAGCAGCCGCCGGGAGCUGUAUGGGGAAAGCCGUCAUCCAGGGCUGUCCUUUGCGCGAUGGAGUGGGCGCGGAGGGUAGACAGACUGCUGCUGGAGUGAAAGAGGCGCAGAGUAGGCAAAGGGCGAUCGCGUCGGGUGAACAGGGCGAGGAUGGUGCUGAGCAGAACAGCACGUAUGUCGUGGCGCCUCCUCCAGGAUCGAGAGAGGUGCAAUAUGCCAGUCUGGCGGGUGACUGA